UCGCUUAUCUACAUGGGCAAUCAGAGCGAUCAGUGAUUCACCGUGAUGUGAAGCCCCUCAAUAUGUUGCUAGACGGCACUAGAAGAACGUUGAAAAUUUGCGAUUUCGGGUUCGUCAGAAAUGUGCAAACCCAAAUGACAAGCCAACGGGGUACCUGCUUGUAUAUGGCACCCGAGGUUUUCAAUGGUAAGCGAUACACUGAGAAAUGUGAUGUGUAUAGCAUGGGCAUUACAAUCUGGGAAGUUCUGUCGCGUAAAGUGCCGUACUAUGAGAAACAUGAGCUUAAACAGAUUCAACUCUUAACACAAAUUGACGAUCUCGAUCUACGGCCAUCUCUAAAUGAUUUAAUUUUUGAGUGUCCCGAGCAAAUAAAAACUCUGAUGCAAGAAUGUUGGGAUAAGAACCCCGAUAAGCGUCCCUCCAUGCAGGGUAUUUUGGAAAUCUUAAAACAGUUCUAAGCAACUUUCUGGAGUUAAGAGUUAUUAAUAAAAUAUUUAAUCCAUAUGUGUUCUUAUCUGGACAGUGGAAGUAAA